AUGGCAUCUCCACGCCCUUCCAGUACACCCGCUGCGUCUACCCAACCCCUUACUCCUCCCGCCGAGCGACCGCCGUCCGCUAACAAAGCUCCACCAACUACGAUACCCGCUCCAGCGCCGAUUCCUCCCCAGGUUCCUGGAACUUCUCUUCAAGACAACGGAAAGACAAGGCGGCCCCGCGAUGCGCGGUUAAUACACAUGCUUCUAGCCUCAGCUGGUGUCACUGCUUACCAAGAGAGAGUGCCUCUUCAGCUUCUCGAUUUCGCAUAUCGCUAUACCUCCAGUGUCCUGCAAGAUGCUGUAUAUCUUGCAACGGAAGGCUAUGCUGGAGAAAUGCCAGGGUCAAAAGGGGAUAGCGCAAAGGCUCAAUCGGCUCCACAGGAGGUUGCUUCUGUCAGUCUACAGGCUUUGCGUUUAAGCAUCGCUUCGCGACUACACUAUCAGUUUCAGCCUGGCUUGCCGAAAGAAUUCUUGAUGGAUAUUGCUGCAGAGCGAAAUCGUAUCAUGCUGCCUGGCGUUUCUAGGGGAAGCGAAGGCAGUACCACCAAUACGUCCGCACCUGGUGUAGUAAUGGGGGGUAUGAGACUACCACCGGAAAGAUUUUGCCAAACCGGAGUAGGAUGGGGUCUAAAGGAGGAAUGGGAAAGUGAGGGAGAAGAGGAAAUGGAGGUCGAUGCUGCAGGCCAGCAGGUAGCUCCUGUCUCCACAGCUGCAAAAGAAGAAGGUGGCGCGGAAGACGACGAUGUUGAUGGGAAGAUGGAAGAUAUUUUCGGCGAAGAUGCGAUGGACGAGGACAACGCAGAUGGGGAUAAAAUUAUGACUGGUGUCUAA